AUGGGCGUUCAGAAAAAGACUCGCAAGUUUGCGCAGGUCAAAAGAAUCAUCGGCCAACGAGACGCUCGGCUCAAGAAAAAUCAAGAUGCUGGUAUAGCCGAAGAGAAGACGAAGAAGAACGACGAAGAAGUGAUCAGAGAGGUGCCUCAAGUCUCCUCUGCUUUAUUCUUCCAAUACAAUACAGCCUUGGUGCCUCCAUACCAAGUCCUCGUUGACACCAACUUCCUUUCCCAUACUGUGCAGAAAAAACUCGACUUACUACCGACAAUGAUGGACUGUCUCUACGCAAAAUGCAUACCUAUUAUCACGGACUGUGUCAUGGCUGAACUCGAAAAGCUGGGGACGAAGUACAGAAUAGCCUUGCGCAUUGCCAGAGACGAACGCUGGGAGCGACUCAAAUGCGGCCACAAAGGCACAUAUGCCGAUGACUGCAUCGUGGAUAGGGUUGCAAGGCACAAGAUCUAUAUUGUGGCCACCAACGACAGAGAUCUCAAGCGCAGAAUCCGCAAGAUCCCUGGUGUUCCCAUCAUGAGUGUUGCAAGAGGCAAAUAUGUGAUUGAAAGGCUUCCUGAGCUGCCCCAGAUAACCUCAUCAUAA